UGUGACCUUCAUGUAGCUGACCUAGACAAAUGGGCGCUUAUUACUGAAUACUUUAGUUGAUAGGAUUUUAUGUGACAUAAUCUAUGAUGAGGUGGAUUCCAUAUGAAGAGAAUAUAAAAUGGGCUGUGGUUGUUAAUCCGUUCAGGAGUGAUACUUGCGAUAAACUUGACAUUUCAGUUGGCGAUGAUGUAUUUAUUUUGCGACAAUGUGAAGAUUGGUUUUAUGGAUUUAAAAUGAAUGUCUGUUCGAAGUUUGGCGUGUUUCCUAAGGCAUGUGUCGCAUUUAAACGGGAUGAUCUAUCUGAUGGGGUCAGUGCUGAGUUACGGAUGAUGGUAGAAAAAUUAAUAUCCAUGUUUGUAUCAGGAAAAUAUGGCAGGAUGAGUAAACACUGUGUGGCUCUUCGUGAUGUUGUUAGUUUGAAGUACGCCCUUUCGGGAAGAAUAACAAAGUUUGACAUUAUUGCUAGCCUAAGAAAGCUUCACACUCAUAUGUCGAUGGUACAGAGUAAACUAUUUUUGCCAUUCAUCAUUCGGGAUGAGAAUUUUAAAUACAUCAAUCCGUACUCCAUAUCUCCCAUAGACUUACACUGGAAGCACAAAAAGCUCAUAAAAGAGCUUGAAGAUUCAGAACUGUCUGCUCAAUGUCCUGCAUAUCAUCCUUUCAAUCUGCGCGUUCGUUUUAAAAAUUUACCUAAAGCAUUUCUAACAAUGUACUUAGUAAGUCAAGUCUUACAAAGCUCUCAGAAUGUAGUCAGUUCACCAGCUAAUUUAAUUCCAAACUUGGAUAUGAAUUUUGCUGUCAAUGCAAGUUCCGACUGCGCGAAUUUUACCUCAUACAAUUGUAUUCAAGAUUCAUAUGAAAGUCAUGUUAGUACAAAAAAUCCUUCCGCCACUGAAUUACAACCUACAUCAUUGCUUAUGCGUUUAACCGAGGAUGUUUUACUGGAUGGUAAUGCUAAAGAUAAUUAUGAAGUUGUUUUUACUAAUCUCGACCCAUUCAAAUACAAAGAAAAACGUAUACUACUACUCGUCACAUUGACUCGUAUUGGACCGAUGCAUUUAAAGCGUACGAAAUCAGGUGGAAAGUCCAUAGCAUUAGGUGUUAAUGAAAAUAAGUCACAACAACCGAAUUCAAUGUUAAGACGUCCAGUCGGCGUUGCUUGCCUGGAUAUAACAUCUUCAAUUUUACCGUAUUUUAGUCGUUCCUCCCAGUUAUUUGAUUGGGGAUCUGGCAAAACAAUAAAAGAUGAUAAUUCUAUAUUGGAUCAUAAACGUAUUGUGAAUUUCAAAUUAACUGGUGAACAGUUUUUAUCAGAAGCGUUAUUACGUGCAAUCAACGAUACACAAGUUUUAUCUUGGAGUAACAAUCAAAAUUCAGGUUAUCCUGAUAUGGAUUUAACAACAAUUUUAAGCAUUCCAAGUAUUUCAUUGGAUUCGUCAGAAGUUCCAAAAUUAGAAAUUCAUGAAAUCACAGUAUUAAAUCCUUUAGAAGGUCAUCCAUUCAAUCGUGAUGCAUUAUAUGUACGUCGUUAUGCAUCACCUUAUUUUAAUGAUCCUACAGUUAUUAACAAUAAUGGUGUAACUCAACCACGACGUGAACUUUAUGUUACUUUAAUUUCUGGAAAUUUCUCUAAAGGUAAUAAAACUAGAGAGCAUAAUAUUGAAGUGGAAGUCAACGUCGUAGAUAGUAAUGGGAAUUGGUUAAAUUUGAAUAGCUCACCUGAACGUUUAUCACCUGUACACAAAUCAGUCGUAUACUAUCACAAAAAUCAGCCAUAUUGGAGUGAAUUAUUUAUAAUCAAUUUACCAUACUCACCAAUUGAAUCCUCUUGUGUAACAACAACAAUUGAUGAUGUGAAUAAUAAUCUUGAUCGUGAUAAUAAUAAUAACACUGAACGUUCUAGCCAUGAGUCACAGCAUCAACAACAGUUAUUCAGUGCAAAUCCAACUUAUCCUGGGAUGUUAGCUGGUGUACAUUUGAGACUUUUAUGUCGUCAUCGAUCUACUGGACCGGGUGAUUCUGAAGGUAAAAUUCUAGGAGUUGCAUAUUUACGACUCCAGCCGAAUACAUCUGUGCCAGUUCUUUUGCCUGAUGGAGACUAUCACCUGUAUAUACAUAAGAUGGAUAUGAAUCAAGUGAAUUCAUGUCGUUAUUUAUGCCAACCAUCUUAUUGUGAAGAUGAUGGACCGAUUGCUUAUGGUUUAAGUAGUGGUUCGGGUUCUGGUUCCAGUUCUAUUGGACUUAAUACAAUAAAUUCAAAUUCAAGUGGAUUGAAUAAUAUUCUAUCGUUGCCUAACUUUUCAACAUCAUCAUCGUCACGUAAUCGCAUGGAUACACUACACAUACAAACACUUGUUUGUAGUAGUUAUCAUACUACUGAUGAAAAUUUAACUAAAGUUAUACUAUGGCGCAAUUAUCAAGACGAUAUUAUAAUGUGUUUACAUCAAGGUAUUUAUUUGUCCCGAAAAGAUAAUGAAUUAAGAAAAUUCACUCGUUCACUAAUUGACAAUAUGUUGCAACUUCUUAUGACUACCAUGGAUGAAACACAUCAACAUAUUAUCAAUUUAAACUUAGGUUACAGUCUUCUGAUGGGACUGGCUCGUUGUUAUAAGGAUUUAUCGAUUGAUUCAGUUCGACAAAAAAUAAUAUACAGUUAUUUAAAUGGGCCUGGAUUUAUAUAUUAUAAAAUACAUAUACCUUAUUUACAAUUAUUAAAUGCUAUGGUAUGUGAAAUUGUCUAUCCAGCAUUGUAUCAAAAUCAUCAUCCUUCACCUAAUUCUACUCUUCCUCAUUCAUCGUCAUCAGCAUACGCAUCUAGUGGUGUUGGUAGUACUUCUAAUCGAUACAAAGUGGAACAUCAGUUUAAUAGUAGUGUUAAUAAUCGAAAUAUUGGCAUGACACCUACAACUGGACACUUUUUUGAUUCAAAAGCUGUACAACUUAUCUUUUCAACAUUACAUUGGGCCUUUUUAAUUAUUGUUCGUUCAAGGCAUUUAGAUGUUAUGCAGUUGAAUGAUAAGGAUAAAAAAGAAGCUGAAUCAUUAUUUACACGCCAGGUCGAAUCUUUCCUGUCUGGAGUAAUUGAUGUGACUUGUCGUACUGAUGAUGUUCUACUACGCCUUAUUAUAUUUAAACAUGUGCCAGAAAUUAUUAAAAACUUAACAAAAGUUUAUCCAAAAUUAAAAUUAUCUCAAUUCAUCGUACAAUUAUUAACACGUACAUUAGAAAGUUGUGAGUUGCCAAGCCAAAAAAUUCUAACUGAAACUAUUCAUUCAACCUUAUUUACUGAUCCACAAUGUCGUCGUCUAUUAGUACCAAUAAUUCAAACCAGUUUAACUCAUGUUUUUACAUCGAAAUUGGAUAAGGUUCUCAGUUGUAAAAUUAACGAGAAUACAGCUAUAAUGGAUGUUUGGUGUGAUGUAUUGCUGUCAUUUAUGGACAGUUUUACAAAAGCCACUGCAUCAACUACAACAACAUCGAGUUCCUCAUCAUCAACCACUCAGUGCAUUGGUGAUAAUUCUGUUGAUAAUAAUCAUGAAGCUAAUCAGACCGAUGAUAAUAUUGAUAAUACUGAAGAUGAAUCUAAAGCCAUUGCCUCUGUAACAACACCAACAAGGAAAUUAUCGUUUACAUCUGACAAUUCUAAUCAGAAUUGUUCAUAUUAUGACAAUCAAUCGGAUGAAGUGUUUCAUUUGUUAAUAAAAUGUAAUUUUCUUCGUUGGACUAUGCAACAGUUGUCACGUAUUCUACUAUUUAUACAUCAACGUAAUUCUACUUUAUGUUGUGGUGAUGAUAGUAGGUCAGAUUCUCUUUCAACUACCGGUAGUAGUAGUAACGGUGGCAACGGAUUCGGUGGUGUUUCUGGUGUUGUCAGUGGCAAUAACAAAACAUUAUCAUCAUCUAGUAAGGUUUCACCUAAAAAACGCCUUAUACAUCCUUCCUAUCACCGGUUACAACCAAUUAUGGGAUGUCUAUCCACUGUACUAUUCUCUUCAUUACAAAUGCUUACAAAAUGUAGUUGGAUAAAAUUUUUUCAAUCUGUUUAUUAUACCAGUGAAGAAUGUUGCCAAUGUAAUUACUGUCAUAAUUUACAAUUAGUAAAUAUCUAUGAUUUUCUACAUGAAUUAUUCACUCUAUUCUCAUUGAUGCACUUAUAUCCUGGUUAUCCAGCGCCAAUGUUUCAGUCAAGAUCUGAUAAAUUAUGGACAGUUGGUCGUUAUUCAUGGGAUGAUGAUUAUCAUGGUGAAAGACAAUCAGAGCACUCUGACAAAAAGAAAAUAUCACAUAGGAAUUCAUCACUGACUCAUAAUCAUAAUGAUAAUAAUAGUAAUAAUAAUGUAGAACUAUUCUCUCAAUCAUGGAUUGAAAUGUUAACAUUGAUAUCAAAUGCUGAGCUAGAUGUUAUUGAAGUACUGAUUGAACUUGUUAUGGAACCAUAUUUUAUUAAUCCUAACUUAGAUAAUAAAUUUCUAUUGAUUUCUGCCCAAUCAUCGUCAUCAUUAAUAACAGCAAAUACACCAGCAGUGUGUCACACAGAACCUUGUUUAACUAGCGAUUUAAUUGAAUUAAUUGCACAAUGUUUGACUGGAUUCGCAGUGGAACAAGCUCAUUUAUGUGUAGAAGUUGUGCCGCCCGUGACUAGAAUUCGUAUUGAUCAAAGUUUAACUAAUCAGUCAAUUGAUAUGAGACAAAGAGCUUGUGAUUUACUAUUAUCGUUAUGGCAUUCUAUCGAUGAUCGAUCAAAAGUGAAUUAUAUUCACAUAUUUCUACCGAAUGUCAUCAAUAUGGCUACACUGCCACUUCCACGAAUACGCGAAAAUUGUGUUGAUUGUAUAUUGAAUGCAUUGACUAUUCAUGCACCUACUGUGGAAAAUGUUUUUGUUAGUGAAAUCGAUCGUGUUGUCCAGUGGGCUGGUACAGAUUUUGCUGCAGAUAUUCGUAAUCUUUUACAAGACGAAUUUUCUAAAAAACGCAAACCAUUACCACAACCGCCUCGUCGUUCACAUGGAACGGAAGAUUUUGAUCAUAAACAACAACGAGUGAUUAGUGAUUUUAGUAAACAAAUCGAUUGCCUACUUCAUUAUGGUAAAUUUAUUAAUCGUCCAUCACAAAUGAAUGAAAUGUUGGCCUUUUGCAAUCUAAGAAAAUUCUACGAAUCUAUCAAUCGUAAAGAUAUGAUUUUACGUUAUUUAUAUCGACUGGAUCGAUUGCAUGCAGCAUAUUCUAACCAAACAGAAAGAGGUUAUACUUUGGAACUGAUUAGUGAAAAUUAUUCGUGGGAUGAAACCAGUGUUGAUGUGGAUGACGUAUCACCCCAUUAUGUACAAUAUGGAAAAAGUUCAUCACGAGAAUUACGUGAACGUUUAUUGCUUGAUAGUUUUGAAUAUUUAAAACAAGGUACCGAUUGGGAGCAUGCAAUAGAUAUAUCGAAUAAAUUAAUACAUUUAUAUCGUGAUAUUAUGCCAAAUUAUGAACGUCUAAGUGAAAUAUUGAAAGAACAAGCUAACUUGUAUAGAACUGUUGUUACAAAUGAACAUUCACGUUUACCAUUUCGUUAUUAUUUAAUUGAAUUUUAUGAACCAACAACAUCAGCUUUAAUGAUGAUAACAAAUCGUAAAUUAAUCUACCGUACAACAUCAGAUUUAGGUGAUGUAUUAAAUAUGCUAACGGAACAAUUUCCUGAUGCAAAAAUAUUAAACCAAGCAUUGACAACUACAAAUCAAUCAACAUUGAAUACAUUUUGUAUAUUUGCUAGUGGGAAUUUAGAACCAGAACCUGAAAUACCGGAACAUUUGAAUUCACGUAUUGUUGACACUAAAAUUAAGAAUUACUAUUCCAAAAAUCGUGUGAAAUACUUUUUGAGGCAUAGACCGUUACAACCUACUGAGAAAAAAGAUGGUCGUCUUGUCACUAAUACAGAAGAAACUCGUUAUUGUAUUGCAGAGCCGAUGCCAAAUAUCAUUCCUAUUAUGCCAGUAGAUAGAGUGGAAAUUCGUAUGUUAAGUCAAACAGAGUGGGCUAAUAAACAAAUUCAAGGGAUUAUACAAGCAUUGCAUGCUGACUUAAUCUCAGCCAAAUCACAAGACGCUAAUUUAUCUCAAUAUAUUGGUAAACUUGUCUCAUCUAUUCAGUCACCUGUUAGUGGCGGUGUGCCAAAAUUAGUGAAAGACGUUGAGCUAUCCGAUGAUCCACGACAAGAAAAAUGUUUCUCUCAAUUGGCUGACAGUGUUUUAGAAUUAUUGGAAUUGCAAUUAACAUUUCUGAAAUUUUGGUAUGUAAACGAUCCACCACCACCGCCUCCAGCAUCUCAUCGUUUAGCUGCUAUGUAUAAUGCUGAUAUGAUUGGUAAUGUAAGCAGUUCUACUGUUGGAGGAAUUACAGGUAGUGGUAACUAUCUUUUGUAUGAAAUGAUCGGUUACUAUGAAGUACUGGUUCGUGAUAUGAGUAGAAAAUUUGGCUUUUCUGUUGACCAUUUAAAUGCAGAUCACCUUCGUUAUGGUCCAAUAUCUACAGAUCGUCAAAAUAAUAUUAUUAAUUCUACUAGUAAUGUUAAUACUAAUUUAUUAUCACCACUUCGUCGUAAUUCACGUUCAUCACAAAACAUUGUGAAUACUGGUGUUGCGACAAUCGCUCAAUCAACUGUCCCAAGAAUCUUCUCGAAACCUGAUCAUUCUGGAUCUGAUCAUGGAUCGUCGAUUCGUUCGUUGCAGAGAUCUUUCCAAACGAUUGGGAGUGGACGUACCCCUCUAGAAUCGAUAACGUAUUCAUCACCAAUAAAUAGAUCCAACUCUUCCUUCAAUAUAUUAUCUUCAGAUCCCCCAGCAUUACCGGAUCGUCCAGUAUUAACAAAACCAACUCAAACGAUAAAUGUUUCUAGUGGUCGACCAACAACACUAAACACUACCAACAAUAGUAUUACCCCUGUCACUAGUUCCAUUAGUACUGUUGGUGAUCAUGAUAAUCCUGGUAGUCCACGCGGAAAAAUCAUUACAACACCGAAUGAUGAUUCUCACACUACUCAACAUCAAAAUAAUAGUAAUAGUGUUGAUUAUAAUGCAGAUAACAGCAAAAAACAAAUACACAGUCCAAUUGUAACUUCAAGAUUUGAAUCUAAUCCCAAUACAAUAAGAAAUAGAUCACGUCCACUGCCCCCACUUCCACCUACACCGAUUCGAUCAUCGUCGAUUACACGAACGGAGAACUCAAUCACUCAUCAUCAUCAAUUGAAACAAAUCAAUCCUAUAAGUAAUAGUAUAAAUGGAAUUAUACUUAGUGGUAAUGAAACAGCUCCUCCGUUACCUGAGCGGAAAACUAAAACAUCUGGUAGUGUAGCGACUACACCAGUGACACCGACUCCAGGACGACAAACUCACGGUGUUGAUGAUUCUUCAUCCUUUGAUUUCUCUUGAUCUACUUGUUUAUUUUAAUUUCAUUAUUAUUGUGUACACAAAAUUUGUAAUAAAAUUCACUCAGUAAUUCUCAUUCUUAAUGAUUGUUCCCUAGUUUUGUUUAUCGAAUGUGAUUACUCAAUUUAACAAUGAUAUUUAUAAAUAUAAUGUGAUAUAAAGCGCCUUAUUGCCAACGUCCGUUUUUCCCCCUGUUUGCUCAAACUUACACACACACACACACACACACACACCCAUACUUAAUAUAUACAUUUAUCCUUCCGUAUCAACAUCUUCGUUUCAUUAUGGUGCCUUAUUUAAACCGUGUGUUAUUAGUGUGAUUUUUGUCUUCUCUGUUCUGUUUACCAUUUUUCCUCUGUUGUUCCUUUAUUGAUUCAACGAUUGAUUUCUUGUUUGUUAUUUCUAUUAUCAUCUCUCAAUUAUUGACCAUUGUGUUAUUUUUGUAGUAGUCUGUCAGUGAUUUAAAUCUGUAAAUUAAUAUUCACAAUGUUCACCGUCAAUUUUUUACUCAACACACAACAUUUUGAUUCCCGUAUUAUGAUCAAACUGAAAUAGUAUUAUAGUUUAAUUGUCGGUUGCAUUAAACUUCUUUCUUUCUGCCAACUUAUUCUAUUGUUGCUUAGAUUCGAAACCCUCACAUUGUCAUUUCUUAUUGUUUUUCUUGAACAUCAUAUUGAGGAGUAGGCACUGAUUAAUUUGUUUAGAAUCAAUAAUGAUGAAACUAGUUCCAGCUUACAACUACAAAUACUAUCGUUUAUUUAUUCACUUUUAAUAUGUAUCAAAAUUAUUUCUCUGUUUAUAUUCAUGAUUGACGGACUAAUCAAUCAACAAUCAUCAUAUUAUUCUGAUAUACAGAUAUUUCAGACUAUUUUUCGCGCUUUCUCGCUCUCUCCUAUUUUUCAUCAUCUUCGUUGAUUGAAUAAAUUAUCGGCCUACCAAUGAACAUUGAUUACCUUCUUCAUAUUCAUGUGUCUUUUUUUACAAUGAAACUUCUUGAUUAUAGUUUUUCUCUCUUGUACUGAAAGUAAUCGAUCAGUUACUUAUUUUUUGCAAUUCAACUUGUAUAUUAUUAUCAUUAUUACGAGUAAUUAUCUAUCGCUGAUGAACUUUCUGUUAGACUUUUCUCAUCUGUUUGUGUUAAAUUGUUUGUAGAUCUUUUCUUUUUCAACAAAUCCAAUUAUUUAAUUCAUUCUUUUUUAAUGACUACUGAUGAUCACGGUCUCUAUUGUUUCGGUAUAUAUAUAUAUAUAUAUAUGCCAUUUGAUUGAAGUGAUUGGUUUAUCUUAUAAUAUAGAAGAUUGAUCAGAUUUUUUGUUUCGUUAAUUGAGCUGUCUGCUUGCCUCUAUUUUUAAAAAUAAAAUGAAAUUUUAUGAUAUCUGUAUGUGCUUCUUAAUGUGGUUAAUUGUUCAUUUUGUCUUUCUGGGAUUUUUUAAAAAUUGUCUUAGGACAGAUCUACGUUAAUAUGUUUGGUUUAAUUAUUUAAAGUGGAGCAGUUAAGCUUGUUGAUCGUUUAUUUAUUCGGAAAGUCUUAUUAGCACUAGUAGUCUGGUUACUAACACAAAUACAGAAAAGUAACUUGAUAUUUUCUAUUUUACACUAAUGACCACGCAUGAGAGAUGUCCAUCUACCUAUUUAACGGUGAAACUUGUUUGACACCAGUCUUCUCUGUAUUGAUUUAUGUCUAUAAAACAGCUUUUGAAGAUGUUAGAUCAGAAAUGCGUGCAAAGUAAUCCUCGUGUAGAUUAGAACUUCAGAGUUAAUAGCGUCGAGUUUAAAUUGAGAAGGUAAGUAGAAUGAUAAAACUGAUGAUCUUUAUUAUAUGAGUUUUUUGGAAUAUGCUUUACAGUUACCGAGUCAUCGUUCACACUGACAUUCAGGGUUAAAGGCAGUGAGACAAAAACAUGACAUCAGUUAACGAAAUCAUUGCCUGUUGAACUUAGUCAUACCAUCAGGUUGUUACUAUUUAUUUGCACACCUAAACGUUGGUACAAAAGGGCGCCAAAAAUGUAUAUCUGCCACACAGUAAAAAUGAGAUUUUGAAGAGAUAAAGUAACGGGAGUAAAAUACAAAAUGAACAAAGAGGAAUAAAAACUGAUUUGUAAGUUUGAAAUAAUGACAAUAGUAAUAAUAACGAUAGUAGUGGAAGAAGAAGUCUAGUUAAGAAAGAUACAAUAUGAAAGAAUUUCAGUUUAAAAAAGUUAUCCUCACUUUAAUAAAGAAAAUAAAUGGAAGUCAUAGUAGGAUCGCUUUUUGUUUCUAUUCUGAACCAUAUCUGAUAAUGUCUCAAGCCACUGUUUUGGACCAGCUCUAGAGCCCUAACCAGGAAGUUUUUCAAGGACCAACAAAUCACAAUUCUGUACAACUUUUAUACCGCGACACUAUGCCAUACACUGACCACCUCCACUUUUUCCAACCAGUCCCAGCGUCGGCAAAUAGUGCACGAUAUGACAUUUUCUGAAACAACAUUCGUGGUGCAUGUCCAAACCACCAAAGUUGGUUUUUCAAGAUUGUGAUACCAAUUGCAUUAUCAUCUCUGUGUCCGAACACACGAUGACGAACCUCUGCAUUACCAACAUGGUGUUGCCACUGGAUGUCAGCAAUCCUUCGGAGACAACGAUGAUCGAACACAGAGAGUCGUCUAACAUUCUCAACUCAGAGAGGCCAGGUUUCGCAAGCAUAGAAUAAAACUGCUCUCACUAACACGUUGUAGAUCCGACCUUCUACAGUCAGACUAGCAUCAGGAAAGCACAAAAAAUAUGGCCCAGAUUGGCAUGAGCCGCUCUGGCUUUCACAAUGUCUGAAUUGAUUUCAUCACCCGCGCCACCACCAGUACUUACACACCUACCCAGAUACACGAACUUCCCCACUGCUUCUAUUCGCUUACUACCCAGGGUGAGUGCAGGAUCAGGGCCCUGACAGUGUUGUAAAAGUACCUUGCACUUCGAAGGUGCAAAGCACAUACUAUACCUACGGGCACUGAUUGCCAACUCAUAAAGGGAGGAUUGCAUGGCUUGGAUAUUAUCACACAUUAAGGCAAUAUCAUCCACAUACUCAGGGUCGAGAAGUCUUUCUCCAGACAACAGAUCCACACCGCCAUUACUCACAUCCAUCAGAGCUGUUUCCAUAACACCAUCGAUAACAAAGUUAAAAGGGAAUGGUGAGAUUGAUCAAUCUUGCCUAACACCACUACUUGAAUGGAACAAUGGAGAAAGGUGGUUGUAUGCCCUCACUCUGCUUGAGUUUGUAUAUACGGCUUUUAAGAUGUGAAUAAACUUCUCAUGUACAUCCUUCAAUAGACAAUCCCAGAUAACAGUCCUGUCCAACGAGUUGAAGGCGCCUCUGAUGUCGAGAAAUAUUGAUUGUUGACCUGCAGUAAGUAUGGCAAUGUCCUAAGACUUAGCAGAGGUUGAAGAUAUGGUCAAUACAUCCUCGACGAGAACGAAAACCAGCCUGCUCCUCGCUAGUCAAUCUUUCGUAGAUUAUUCAGGAUCCGCGAAGUAUGACGGAAGCCAAUAAUUUGGGCGCAAUCGGAAGUAGACCUAUACCCGAUAGUUGUUGCAUUGGUGACGUGAACCAUUUUCAAAGAUGUGUAUAACUGUCGACUCAUUCCACGAUUUGGGAAUACUCCAUUUCUACUUUAGUGAAAGUGACAAGUUUUAUAAAGUAAACAGAUGUGACUCUAAGUUGCGAUUUGGUUUAAAUUAGAUUUAUCCUGGUUCAAAUAAACUAUACCUUGUGUUAACACGUUCAAUGUUCAACUUCAGUGUAAUGAAUUCAAUAGAUGAACAGAUUGCAUAUUGAUGGUAAUGUGAACAUUCUUCAAAAUAUAUUCAAGUAUUAGAUCUUAAUAAUAUCUUGUUUUCAAUGGUUACUAGCAUUUUACUUACCUGCUUAAGCCUGUUACCGUUUAUGAGUCACAGGCCACCAACCAGGAAAGUUAUUCGAGUAUCUAUCACUAUUUCCAUCUAUAUCAAUAUGGAUUGUUUGAAAUAGGAGGAUGAUUAAUGUUCAUAAAUUAAAUGACACUUGAACAGUCUACAAGACAAAAUCGAUAUUGAUUGUUUAAAUUGUAACAGAUUGAGUUUGGUUUGAUAUUGCGCA